AUGGAUCACUCCAACCCCCCACCGACCGAAAGGCCUGGGGCAUCCCAUCUUCCAGAGCACCCUCAAGCCACCAAACCUACCGAGAACCCCAACGAAUCUCACCAACCAAACCCCCGUCCCAAAGAACACGCCCGUGCGAGCCACAGCCGGGCAUUUCGUUUCAAAGAUGGUAGUCGUCCACACCGAAAACGAACCCAUCGUCACCGAUCGCGCGAGCGAGACGGCGAGUCCUCUAAGCGGCGCCAUCGCGAGGACAAGGAGCCCGACCCCACCCCUGAAAACCCCUUUAACUCAACAAGCGAUACCUUCCGAGAAUCGCUCUUCGAUGCCCUAGGCGACGAUGAAGGCGCUGCCUACUGGGAAUCUGUCUACGGGCAGCCUAUCCAUAACUACCGCGUCCCGGACGUACAACGAGGCCCGGAGGGCGAGCUAGAACAGAUGACCGAGGACGAGUACGUCGAGUACGUGCGUCGGCGGAUGUGGGAGCGGACGCGAGAGGGCAUGCUAGCCGAGCAGGAGCGUCUGCGGGCCGAGCGGCAACAGAAAAGGAAGGAGGAGGCUCAGCGGAAUGCGCAGUCUGGGAGGGAGGAGUUUGAACGCGCGAUGGACGCCAGUCUGCGGCGAGGCGCGGAGCGCAAGAAAGCCAAGAUCGAGUGGAGUGCGCCCUGGGCUGCGUAUUUGGAGAGCUGGGAGACCAUCAGGAAGGCUACGGAGGCAUCUACUCCCACGUCGUUGCGCAGUUUGCUUUUCUGGCCUGUUCGCUCUGGGAAGAGGGCCGAUGUUCGGCCGCAGGCUGUUGAGGAGUUCAUGCGUCAUGCUCCGGCGCCGGCGGAGUUGCUUGGUAUACUGAAGGCUGAGCGUAUUCGUUGGCAUCCGGACAAGAUCCAGCAUCGCUAUGGCGCAUUGGGGAUUGAUGAUACUGUUAUGGGCAGCGUCACGGAGGUCUUUCAGAUUGUGGACCGGUUGUGGAACGAGCAAAUAGAACGGCAGCAGUGA